CAGUCUGAAGGACCCAUCAUGAAGCAGAAGGGACAGAUUCGCGAUGUAAUGGAAAUGUGCCAUGCUAUUCUGAAGUCCUUGUAACACUGUUUAUCAACUUGAAUGCUACAUAGGCCAUGGGUUGCUGUUUCACGAGUCCUUUGCUCAAUGAACGCGCUCAGCAAUAAUAGGGUGUUUUAGCCAGCCUUGCCCGCAUUCCGUUCCGGGCGGCGAGCUUCAGAUAGCUGCAACCAAAAUGUUACCUUUCGCAGGACUUCCGCCGUAUGCCUAGAACCACAAAGCUGCUCUGGUGAGCCAUCAUAUCUUCACAACUCCGCCUCUCCAUUGAUCGUGACUUGCCAUGUGGUGAUUCUGCGCAUACGACUCUACUGUCGGCCACCGCAAUGGCACCUUCAUUCGCAAACGAUGUCCCUGCUGGCUCCGGGCGCAACUCUCCCAAGCCUGAGCCUACGAAGCUUUGGGGUGUCAGCGAGCCUCCGUUCGAAGGCUUCAAGCCAAUCGAUACUGAAGGAUACAAACGGAGCAAUUCCAGCACCGCAAUCAUCAUCGAUAAUGGCUCUUCCAAUGUUCGCGCCGGCUGGGCUUUCGAUAACAAACCACGAAUCACAUUACCACCUCUUAACGCCCGCUAUCGAGAUCGGAAGCUAAACCGAACGUUUGUCUUCACGGGAUCUGACGUCUACUCCGAUGGAACGGCGCGCGGACAGGCGAAAAAUGUGUACGAGCCGGGUAGCAACAUAAUAAACAACUGGGAUAGCAUGGAAGGAGUCCUUGAUUAUGUCUUCGUCAAACUAGGACUGGGUGAUGCACAAGGGGGCAUAGGAAGGCCGGUGGUCCUGACAGAGCCAGUCGCAAAUCUGGCAUACUCGAGAAAAACCAUGUCCGAGAUUCUUUUUGAGUGUUAUGGCGCGCCUUCCGUGGCCUAUGGCAUUGAUUCUCUCUUCUCGUACAACUACAACAACGGCAAACACGGCCUCGUCGUGUCCUCAUCAUAUACAUCAACCCACCUCAUACCUGUCGUCAACUCAAAGCCACUUCUGUCGCAUGCGACUCGCCUCAAUUGGGGAAGGUUUCAGAGUGCGGAAUAUCUACAAAAACUGCUGCGCCUCAAAUACCCUUCAUUCCCGGCUAAACUCAAUGAUCCACAGUCUGAGGAUCUCGUGCGCGAUCAUUGCUAUGUCUCGGACAAUUACGAGCAGGAAUUAAGUCGGUAUCUCGAUUGGACCGGCUUGGAAGACCGCAAUCGCACCGUUCAGUUUCCCUUCACAGAGCAGAUCAUUGUACAGAAGACUGAAGAAGAGCUGGCAAAGAUAGCAGAAAGAAAGAAGGAAAGCGGGCGGAGGCUCCAGGAGCAAGCCGCGAAGAUGCGGCUUGAGAAGCUGAUUAGAAAAGAGCAAGAACUGGAGUACUACAGAGAGUUACUCGACAGGGUACAAAACACGACCAAGAAGGAGGCGAGGACAUUACUGGAGUCGGACGAUUUCGACGACGAAGGGCAACUAGAAAAGAAGAUCAAGGAGAUGGACAAGUCCAUUCGCAAAGCACGUAACAAAGACCUCGGUGAUGAGCCAGAGGAAGAGCAAGAGGAGCCUACGUUCCCUCUACUUGAAGUUCCGGAUGACCAGCUCGACGAGGAUGGUCUGAAGCAGAAGCGACAGCAGCGUCUAAUGAGGUCCAAUCACGAAGCCCGCGCAAGAGCAAAGGCCGAGAAAGAACGCGAGAAAGCCAGAAUAGCCGAAGAAGAGCGUCUGGACACCGAGCGCCGCGAGAAAGACCCAGAAACUUGGAUCGAAGAGCGUCGCGCCGCGCGACACGCAAUCGUGGCUAAGAUCAAGGAGAGGGAGAGGAUGAAGGCAGAGCUGGGAAAUCGAAAAUCGCUUGUAAAUCAGAUGCGCAUGAAGACAAUCGCCAACCUCGCGUCGGAUACCCCAACAAAGAAGCGUAGGCGCGGCGGGGGUGACGACGACACAUUCGGUGCAGACGAUGCUGACUGGGGUGUAUAUCGGACUGUUGCGACGGGCGAACAGGACAGCGAUGAUGAGGAAGAAGACCUCAAUUCUAAUCUGAGAAAGCUGGAAGAGCAGCUACUUCAAUACGACCCGAACUUUACAGAAGACAGCACACGAGAGGCCGAAACAGACUGGACCAAGAGUUUAGUUCACGCUUUCCUACGUGGACCAUAUCCUUACGACCCUGAGGACCAGCGGCAAUCACAUCAACUGCACUUGAAUGUUGAGCGUAUCCGCGUGCCAGAAGUCGUCUUCCAACCCUCAAUCGCGGGAGUAGACCAAGCCGGAAUCGUGGAAAUUGCAGCAGGCAUCCUCAACGAGAGGCUUGGUGACUCUGCGUAUCGGACGGAGAUAAUGAAAGACAUCUUCUUGUGCGGUGGUAACACUUUGUUCCAAGGAUUUGAAGAGAGACUAAAGAACGAGCUACGCGCAGUCAUGCCAGCUGACGCGGUUAUGAAAGUACGAAAAGCCGGCGACCCAGUGCUAGAUGCAUGGAGAGGUGCGGCAAAAUGGUCGGGCACUCAGGAGGCGAAGCAGAGCUUUGUCACGAGGGCGGAAUUCUUGGAGAAAGGUGGAGAUUACCUGAAGGAACAUUCAUGCGGGAACGCCUUUCAAUCUUACUAGGUAUAUGUCUUACCACAUGAGCAUUGGGAUACUCAUCAGCUCAAGAAUGGAAA